AUAUCUAAUCCCAGGACACAAUUAAUAACGCAUGGGGGUGUUUUGGAAUUUAAUGCAAAUGAUGAUAGGGUUUAUUUACCAGAAUGGAUGUAUAAUUCGCUCUCUCUCGUUGAAGGCGCGGAAGUUACCCUUCGAUUAAAAGAACUACCAAAAGGAACUUGGGUAAAAUUUCGCCCAAUAGACACUGAAUAUAAGAAAAUAAAAGACUAUAGGGCGGCCUUUGAAGGAUAUCUACGUUCACAUUUUACUACUUUAACUACAGGAGAAAUUCUUACAAUCAAACAGGCAAAUUCUUCUUAUCAAUUUAUAGUGGAAUCUUUAAAACCUGCUAAAGCUGUACGAGUUGUUGAUACAGAUUUGGAAGUUGAAAUAUCACCGCUCGUUGAUGAAGAAGCUUCUUUAAAUAUGGAUAAGGACAUUCAUGUUGGACAAACUGUUGAAGGUAGUAUUCAAAAGAAUGAUUACGCUUAUUGGAACUUAAAAAGUAUCGAAAAAUCACGUGGAUUAAAUAUUGUGUUAACUAUUAAGGAAGGGGAUGCAGAUCUCGUCGUAUCCAAUGUCCAGUUUCCAAAAGAUGAUGACCAUAUUUGGUCAAAUUUUUCAUCUGAUCCUUCGAAGUCCGUAUUUAUCGCGUCCACAAAUUUCGAAUAUGCUACUAAAGAUGAUAUUCACAUUGGAGUUCAUGGAUAUGGUGAUUCGUCAAAUCCUUAUGAACUAACAGUAACGCAUUCUGACCAACCACCGACUAUGUCAGAGCAUUCAUUGGAAUUAAUUAAUGAUCAUGCUCCUGGGUAUAUUCAAUGUAGAAAUUGUGGAAGCUGGAUACCGGAAAGAACGAUAGCUUUACAUUCAAAUUUCUGUGAAAGGAAUAAUAUCAUGUGUAGUUCAUGUAAUAAAGUAAUGAAAAAAGGAGAAGAGAAAAAUCAUUGGCAUUGCUCUAAAUGUGAUAAGUCAUUACCAGAUUUAGCAUACCAUAGACGAACGAUGUGUCCGGACAAACUUAUAAAAUGUAGAUUUUGUCUUAAUUUAGUUAAGCAAGGAGAGCUGUCGACCAAUCAGAAUGAUAUUUUGGAAGGUUUUUCUUCUCAUGAGUCAUAUUGUGGAGGUAGAACUAUCACAUGUUUAAAAUGCGGAAAAGCUGUUAUAUUAAAAAAUGUCGCGGUUCAUGCAAAAAUGCAUGAAGUUGAAAAACAAAAUCAAAGGUUACCACCACUUUGUAGAAAUGCUAAUUGCACGAGAAUUUCAGCAGAUAACUCAUUAAAAUUAUGUACAGUUUGUUUUGGACCUUUUUGGUCACCAACAGCAGAUCCAACACGACAAAUGUUAUUUAGAAGAGUAGCUAGAAAAUAUCAUCAUCAAUUAACUGUUGGAUGUAAAAAUUCUUGGUGUAAAAAUGAGUAUUGUGCAACAGGUAAUUCACAACCAAAAGAUGCCACAACAGCGGCAACUACUUUAAUCCCACUUUUACAGCAAGUUCAGUCAGCAUCGAUGUAUUUUUGUGUGGAUGAAAUUACCAUGAAAAAACGUUUACUUGCAAAUUUUUUAUAUAAAGGAGAGGAUGGUCAAGAUUUGGUCUAUGAAGAUGAUUCGCGAGAGGAUGUAUCAGAUCGUCCGAAAAUCUUGUAA